AUGUCGUACUCCCAUACAUCGUGGUCGACAAAAGAAGAAGGCGGGCAAGGGCAGUAUGCCGACGCUCCAGAAGCAGUAGGCUUCCCUCAGGCACCCCAUUUCCGACGCGUUCCUGAGCGCGGAAUGGUUAGACAGGCGUCGUCGAGUCCAACGUCGAGUCUGUCCGGCGCUAUGGGAGAUGCCCACAUCACGAACUCUCAUUUAGGUGGCAGCGUACCCUCGGGAAUGGCCUGGUCCAUCCCCCAAGGUGCCUACGGCCAACUGGCGGAUGACAGCUCCAUGUCCGCUUUUGGACCUGCGCCGCCUACUCCCGCCUCGGCAGGCCCUUCGGGCCAGUUCUCUCUUUACUCGUACCAAACUCCGUACAAUACCCCGUCAUAUAGUCCUAAUCCUGAUCCGUACCCUCAUCAUUCUUCCGCCCUUCCCUCCCCAACUUCGUUCGCUGAGCAGUUCGCAAUGCAGCAAGCUCGCGCAGAUGUAAUGGCACACGCUCAUCAAGGGUUGUCCACCCCCGGCCCCGCGACACCUACCUCCGCCGGCGCCAUGGCCGGGUCUAUGUCUAUGGCCCCGAGCCCCAUCCCAGGCGCGGUCCCGAUGGGACGAGACCCCCGACGCUCCAGCUCAGAGGAGAUCCGGCGGCUGCACCAACGGAUCGCAGAGCUCGAGGCCGACCGCGACACCGUGGUCCAGCGUGCACACCAGCUGAGCAAGAGCUGGCGCGUCGUAUGGGCGGGCUGGCGAGCUCGUUCGCCUCGGGAUCCGCCCUCCCUCUCCCAUGCCCACCCUACACACCCGUCCGCGCUGGAAGAAGAAUGGCGGGCGCGCACCGAGGCCCGCCGGAAGAUCUUCUGCGGCGUCAACCGCGCCGGCAACGCACUGUGUGCGUGGCACGACUCCCGCAGGGAACGCAGGGCGUACCCGCCGCGCAACGCGCCGCCCGGCAUGCUCAACUGCGGCUGCACGUACGAGCAGGCGCUCUUCGAAGAGAGCCUCUCGUACCACGGCGUGGGCAGCUACCACCCCGGCGAGUCCGUGCGGAUGGACCCCGCGUUGCGGAAUCCGCUCCUCAAGCUCCUCGAAGAACGCUACAACUACCGCGACGGCGACUUCGACUUCGACCCCGUCACGCGGACGUGGCGGAACGGCGAGGGCGCCGCCUACUGGGAACAGAGGCUCGCGUCCGGUGCGGCGAACACGCGGCGCGCCCGCGGUGACGACCGUCGAUGA